AUUGGACGUCUCCCAGCGCAGGGGCACAGAGGACUCAGACCUGUCCCCAGUCUGGAGGGAGCCUGGCAACUGAACAGACCCUGAUGACGCUUCCAGUGAACGCUCAGAGCCGGAUGUGGGGCUGCUGAGCUGAGGGUGUUGCGUUUUACAGAGCGUGGUGGGCACAGGUCCAAGCUGCCCAUCAUGCCUGCAGGUGGCAGAACAGCUCCAGCACACCCAUCCCUCGCCACAGCCCCCGGUGCGGCAGCGUAGCGUGGGGACAGAUGGACGGGCCGUGGUGGGAUGAGCCCUGCCCUGCACCUGCUGCUGUCUCUGGCCAGCUGCUCCCUCCUCUGGGGACCUCGAGCUGGAUCAAGGCAGAUGCCUGCAGGGGGAACAGCACUGGCUCCUGGGAGUGUGAGUUGUAUUUUGACAGGAUCCACGAUAUCUACUGGGCGCGGGUGAGAGCGGUGGCCGGAGGAGAGCAGUCUGAGUGGGCCAGUUCCAGCGAGCUGCAGCUGUACAGAGACACAAUUGUGGGGCCCCCCAAGUUGUCCUGGCUGCUCCAGGAUCAAAUCCUCCACGUAAACAUUGCCACGCCACUCACUCCCUACCAGAGAAGAACUGGUUCCUACAAGCCAGUGGACCGAGUGCUGCUGAAACUGUGGUACUGGCUGCACCUGUACGAGGGGGACCUGCUUGUGCAGCAGGUGUGUGGCAGCUGGGCAGGGCUUGGAGCGUGUGGGGCUUGCAUGAGAUUUCCUGGGGCAGCAAAGCUGCUGUCUUGGGUUGCCUCAGUGUGGGGGUGCCUGUACCCCAGCCCUGCCCACACCUGGCUGCUCCCCCAGUCUGGGGCUCGCACCCCAGCAAGGCAGGAGACCCCUUUCCUCCCUCAGUCUGCAUGGGUAAGGAGAACCUGUGACGGGUUCUGUUCAGAUGAAAGGUGA